CGCAGGCCACCCACCAUGUCCACCUUGCUGGAGAUCAAGAGCAGCGUGCUCAGGCAGGUGCAGGUGCGCCAGUCCUUCCGCCGGAGGACUGAGGAGGAGCCGGCGAGCAGCAGCACUGAAGUGCAGGAGCCCGCGGCUGGGGCCUGGAAACCCGGAGAUGGUGUGGAGUUCUUCGCCCAGAUGCGCCUCAUCCUGAAGAAGGGGGAAAGCAGACAGGGUCUGCCUUGCCCCGAGGUCCUCCUGCGCAGUAGCUCCCCAGCCCCCACAGAACCCGUGAACCCCAGCCGUGGCCUUAGAGCCCUGACCCAAGAGGAGGUGGAGAUGCUCUAUGAGGAAGCCUUGUACACAGUCCUUUACCGCGCAGGGACCAUGGGCCCCGACCAGGUGGAUGACCAGGAGGCCCUACUGAGCUACCUGCAGCAGGUGUUCGGCACCAGCCCCGAGGAACAUGCUGAGGCCAUGGAGCGUGUGAAGAAGGCCAAGGCUCCCACAUAUGCCCUAAAAGUCUCCGUCAUGCGUGCCAAGAACCUGCUGGCCAAAGACCCCAACGGUUUCAGUGACCCGUACUGCAUGCUGGGCAUCCUGCCGGCCUCAGGCACCCUGAGGGAGCCGGGCCCACACAAGGAGCAGCGCUUCAGCUUCCGCAAGGGCAGCAAGCGUGGUGGCCCACUGCCGGCCAAGUGCAUCCAAGUCACCGAGGUCAAGAGCAGUACCCUGAACCCCGUGUGGAAGGAGCACUUCCUCUUUGAGAUUGAGGAUGUCAGCACCGACCAGCUGCACCUGGACAUCUGGGAUCAUGAUGAUGACGUGUCCCUGGUGGAAGCGUGCAGGAAGCUGAAUGAAGUCAUUGGCCUAAAGGGCAUGAGUAGGUAUUUCAAACAGAUUGUCAAGUCUGCCCGUGCAAAUGGGACAUCAGGGCCCACGGAGGACCACACCGAUGACUUCCUGGGGUGCCUCAACAUACCCAUCCGGGAGGUGCCCGUGGCUGGUGAGGACCGCUGGUUCAAACUGGAACCACGCUCCAGCGCCUCCCGCGUGCAGGGGGACUGCCAGCUGGUCCUCAAGCUGAUCACCACACAGAGGGACACGAGCAUGAGCCAGCGCGGGCGCUCGGGCUUCCUGUCCUACCUGCUGCUGCUCAGCCGUCUGCUGCAGUUCGAGCACCGAGCCGAGGAGCCCAACUCGAGCAGCUGGCGCGGUGAGCUCAGCGGGCCUGCGGUCACCGUGCUCUGCCUGCACGGCGCGCAGAGCAACCUGUCGGCGCUGCAGCUGGCUGUGCUGCACUGGCAGGUCAGCAGCCGCCACCAUCAGACCCGCACCCUGGACUACGGCUACCUGCUGGGGCUCCUGGAAGAUAUGCAGGCACAUUGGGAGGAGGCGGCCUCGCUGCCCCAGGAGCAGGAGGAGGGACUGGCAGACAGCUUCUCCGCCUUCUCUGAGUUUGGGCUUCGGUUGCUGCGCCAGCUCCGAGACUACUUCCCUGCCACCAAUAGCACAGCCGUCUACCGCCUGGAGCUGCUGUUGAAGUGUCUUGGCAAGCUGCAGCUCUUCCAGCCUUCCUUUGAGAUCUGCCCCUUCGAGACGGAGCUAAACAUGGACAUUGCUGCUGCCCUGAAGAGAGGGAACCGUGAAUGGUUCGACAAGCUCCUGAACUCCCAGAGUCCUCGUGAGCAGCCGGGGCCACAGCGCCUUGCGGGGCUGGUCAAGCUGGCUGACACUAUCUACGAGGACCUGCAGUCCUGCUAUGGCAUCUAUGCCAGCCUCUUCCACAGCAUCAUCAAGAUCGACUUCUUCACUCUCACCUUUCGGCAGCUGGAGCGUCUGGUGGCUGAAGAGGCGUGGGUGCUGACGGAGGAGCUGAGUCCGAAGAUGACCCUCGAGGUGGCCUCAGGGCUUUUUGAGCUCUACCUGACCCUGGCAGACAUCCAGCACUUCUGGAGCAGCAUCCCGGGCCGGGACAGCCGCUCCCUUGCCCUGGCUGGCAUCCAUGCCCCAUUCCUGCCUGCUGUGAAGCUUUGGCUGCAGGUGCUGCGGGACCAAGCCAAGUGGAGGCUUCAGGGAGCCGUGGAUGUGGACACGCUGGAGCCCAUGGAUUCCUCCUCCAAGCACAGCAGCUCUGCAGCCACUGCAAGCCUCUGCUUCAGCCACAUCCAGGAGCUGUGGGCCCGCCUGGCAUGGCCAGACUCUGCCCAGGCCCAGGGGCUGGGCACCCAGCUCAGCCAGGACCUGUGUGAAGCCACCCUCUUCUACACAGAGCUGCUGCGGAAGAAGGUGGACACUCAGCCUGGGGCAGCAGGCGAGGCAGUGAGCGAGCCACUCUGCGUGGUCCUCAAUGAUGUGGAGCUCCUGCGCAAGGCUGCUGGCCAGGCGCUGCGUGGCCUGGCGUGGCCAGAGGGGGCUCCAGGGCUCGAGGGUGUGCUCCCGCGCCCCCUGCUCAGCUGCAUGCAGGCCCUGGAUGAGGACCUGCAGCGGGAGGCCCGAACCGUGACGGCACACCUGACCUCCAAG